UAAAUAAUCAUAUUAGUAAAUCUUUACAUUAAGAAACGCGGUAAUAGUGUUUGAAAUAAAAUAUCUGCUAAUUUUUAUUUCGGCUAUUCGCAGUGAGAUGUCACUAAUGUUAGUCAUUUUUAAAUAACAUGUUGGCGGCACAUCUGUCUCUCUACCUCCAUCAUCUCUCUGUUCGCUGUACCCACCCUACUGUUCAACACCUCUGGUGCUGUGCACCUCAAUAACGUCAGCCAUUCGUAUACACUUAGAUCUGUCUACGUAUGGUGUGUUCUCAAACUUCUUCGGUAAAAGAAGGAUAAAGAAAGAAGGGAGUACGAGAGAGACAGAAAAGGGGAGGAGUGGGAUUGAAGUCGACUGGCGUCGAAUCGUAUCGUGCGGCCGUUCGCCCUGCCUACGCGACAGCGGCGACUCCAGUGGCGUUUCUCUUUUCUCUCCCUCUCUCAUUAUAUGACCGUCGUAUCAACUCGGAAUAUCAUCGUCGUAGACGGGGUGCUUCCUAUAAAGCGUGUCGUGACGCGUAGUCCCUUGUGUGUAUAUAUCCUGCUACAUGAUAUUUUUCUUUGGCUUUUAGUGAAAUAUGUUGUCUUGAAUUAGCUGUAUAUGGCGAGAGAACGCGAACGUCGUCGUCGAUCGUGUUGAAGAAAUUAAAGUAGCGGCAAUAACGACUACGAAAACGGCAACGCCAGCGCCGUAGACAGCAGUGUCGAAUAGCACGACUUGUCUAGCUUGAGUUUCUUUUCGAUCAUUUCUGCUUACACGCUCGCUCGCUUGUUCGUUCGUUCGUUCGUUCGUUCGUUCGUCUAUCUGUCCGUCCAUCCGCCCGCCCGUCCGUCCGUUCGUUCCUUCAUUCAUACGUUCGUUCGUUCGACGUUCAGCGUUCGACAUUCGACAUCUCGUAGCCGCUCCCGCGUGCUUUUCCUCGGAUCGAUUCCAUUCCAAACUCGAGACGACGACGACGUCGCCGAUUACGGAGGUGCAACCGGUGCGUAGUGCGUGUAAAACGUGAUCUCAACAUGGAAACGGAUAAGAUCAUCGACGACGAAAAUACAAAUCUUCAGUUACAGUUUCCAAUGACGAUUCUCUAUGAUCCAACUCGUAAGAAAGAACCUUCUAUUGGUGUGACACCACAGUUUGGACAAGAAAGAGAAAUAUGUAUGAAAUUGUUUGAAAAGUGGAGUGAACCAGAACAAGUGCACUUUGUUGAACAAUUAUUAGCACGUAUGUGUCAUUAUCAACAUGGUCACAUUAAUGCGUAUCUGAAACCAAUGCUUCAAAGAGAUUUUAUUUCUCUUUUGCCAAAAAAAGGAUUAGAUCAUGUGGCAGAGAGUAUUCUUUCAUAUUUGGACGCCGAGUCAUUGACAGCUGCAGAAUUAGUUUGCAAAGAAUGGCACAGAGUUAUCAGCGAAGGAAUGCUUUGGAAAAAAUUAAUUGAACGUAAAGUCAGGACAGAUUCAGUAUGGCGGGGUCUAGCUGAAAGGAGAGGAUGGAUACAAUAUCUGUUUAAACCUCGACCAGGAGAGAGUCAUCCAAAUCAUAACUUUUACAGAAAUCUUUAUCCUAAGAUUGUUAAAGAUAUUGAUAGUAUAGAUAAUAAUUGGAGAAUGGGUAGAUUUAAUCUUCAAAGAAUAAACUGCAGAAGUGAAAAUUCAAAAGGCGUUUACUGUCUACAAUAUGAUGACCAAAAAAUAGUCUCUGGAUUAAGAGAUAAUACUAUCAAAAUUUGGGAUAGAAAUACAUUACAAUGUAUUAAGGUGUUGACUGGUCACACGGGUUCUGUUCUGUGUUUACAAUAUGAUGACAAAGCCAUAAUAUCAGGCUCUUCGGAUAGUACAGUAAGAGUAUGGGAUGCGACAACAGGUGAAAUGGUUAGUACAUUGAUACAUCAUUGCGAAGCUGUACUACAUCUCAGAUUUAAUAAUGGUAUGAUGGUCACUUGUUCUAAGGAUCGUUCAAUAGCAGUUUGGGAUAUGACAUCGCAGAAGGAAAUUGCAUUGAGAAGAGUGCUUGUGGGUCACAGAGCAGCAGUGAAUGUAGUUGAUUUUGAUGAAAAAUAUAUCGUUUCUGCUAGUGGUGAUAGGACUAUUAAAGUAUGGAAUACAUCUACCUGCGAAUUCGUACGAACGUUAAAUGGACAUAAACGGGGUAUAGCGUGUUUGCAGUAUAGGGAUCGUUUAGUCGUGAGUGGCAGCAGUGACAACACUAUUAGAUUGUGGGACAUUGAAUGUGGAGCAUGUUUACGUGUUUUAGAAGGUCAUGAAGAAUUGGUCAGAUGUAUACGAUUUGACAGUAAACAUAUUGUUAGUGGAGCAUAUGAUGGAAAAAUUAAAGUAUGGGAUUUGGUAGCUGCAUUAGAUCCGCGUGCACUUGCAAACACUUUAUGUCUGCGUACAUUAGUGGAACAUACUGGGCGUGUAUUUCGUCUUCAAUUUGAUGAAUUCCAAAUAGUAUCAUCAUCGCACGAUGACACGAUACUAAUUUGGGAUUUCCUCAAUUUUAAUCCAUCAAAUGGAUCUGUGUCUACCGGUCAAGUACCAGUCAAUGCUUUAGCUGCCAAUCAAUCCGGUACCAGAUCUCCUUCUCCAUUUGAGUGACUCAUCAACAAGAAGAUUCCUUUAUUGUGAUAUAAUUAAAAGUGGUUAGUGAGUGAAUUGAAUGUGUUCACGAUAGUGUACACAAGACAAAGAAUCAGUGUCCAGUGUGAACAGCGCCUAAACAGACCUAAACAUCCCAAAAACUCUUAAUCAUGGACUUUGGUUUGUUAUUUGCAGUGAAACGCAAAAGAAAUUCUCUUAAGAUAGGAGAUAUGUACUGACUUAUAUAAAAAUAUUAAUUAAUUUAUAUGCGCUUAAGGCAAACACACUGCGUUUAGUAAUGAACAGUAUAUUAAAAUCAUAUAAAUACAUCCCAUGGAUUUGCCGUCUACUAUGGCCAUAUCUGGAUUUCUUCUACGCUCCAUGAUACGAUAGAAGUUGACCAUUUUACUACUAUAAAAAAAGACUUGAAACACGCAACAAAAUGAAAAAGUUUUAGGGAGGCUGGAUACACUUAAUAAGAUAUUAGAUGUAUUAUAGUAAAUUAAUGAUUUUUUUUAUAUAAUUAAUUUAUGCUAAGAAAAUUGUAAACUGUUAUCUGAUCAGGAUACUUAUUUUGUGUGAAUGUGAAAAUGCAACUUCAUAAAAUAAUUAUGACAAUUAUUAUGUUUCAUCACUUUCAAAGGGUAGCUAAGGCGAAUCGCUAUAUCAUAUUAAAUAACACUGAUAUAUAACAUCAAGAAUUAAAUGUAUAGAAGGAUAAUUUUAUUUUUUUUUAUUUUCGGUGUAGAUAUUAUUAUUUUGCAAUAUUCAUAUUACUUUAAAAAUGGGUAAAAGUCAACUAUUUCCUCGUCGCAACGUGGUAAAAUGUUAUUUGCAUUUAAAAUAUUACGUUCGGUAUAUAUGAACAAAGAUGUAAAUAUUCGUACAGGCAACUGUAGUACCUCUAAAACUAUUAUAGUUGCUAUAAAAAAGUUAUUGUAACUUGAUUAUUGAUCUCGGAUAGAGCAUAAUUUUUAUGUUGUGUGUUUAAAUGUAUACUAAUGAUAUUUCUUCGAAUUAAAUAUUGAAAUUAUUUUAUUGAUUUAAAAAAUUUCUCUACAGCAGUAUUGCUCUUGAAUGAAAUUUUAGGCUUACAUCCAAUAUUGAAUAGAUGAUUUUUGUUAUAAUGAUUGAUAGAAAUACAACAUUGCAUGUAGACAUUUAUAUAUGAUCUUAUUAAGCCAUAAAAAGAAAAUUAUUUGUUUUCCAGGUUGUCAUAAAAUGUAAUAAUGUAUAAAUUUUGGUACGUAAUUCCACAUGGCAGAGAUGAGAUAUUUUGAUCUUGUUGUAAUUUUUAUAAUGUUCAAAAAAAGGAACCCGAAGCUUAUUAUACACAAGUAAUUUCUGAUAUUAAUUUAAUACAUGACUUUGGAUUUUGCAUCUUAUAUAUAUAUAUGUAAAAUUAUAUACAUACAUGCAUAUAUAUAUAUACUCAUUAAAUAAUAAUGAAGAAUAUUAAACGGAUACAUACGAUAUUUUCUCGAAUAAUAGCUCUUAUCGUGCAAACGUAACAGCAUGUAGCCAAAUUGGGUACAAAAAAUUGUGAUGUUAAAGCUAGGAAUGAUAAUAUGGGAAAACUUUCUAUAUAUAACACCGUAAGUAUAUACGGGGAUAUGUAUAUACAGGGAUAACAGUGUAAAAUUAUACUUUUAUAAAUAUUUAAUGGAUUCCAAAUUUUUGUCAAAUGUAAAUUGUAGAGAUAUAGAAUGAAAUUCUUAUCAAUUCUUAACAUAUUCUUUGUGUGCACAUGCCCAAUUAUAUUACAGUUUUGCUGUCUAUGAAUGCACAUAUGUAGAUUUUAUGAAAAACUAUAACUACUUUUUCCUGCUAACUGGUACAAGUGUAUCUUUUACUUAAAUUGGGAUCUUAAACCAUUCAAUGAAUAAAGUCAUUAUAAUUAACUAAGCAAAUAUAGAAUCCUUUAAUAAAUUAUUUUCAGAUGAAAUUUAUUUAAUAAUAUUAUUAAGAAUACUUUAUACAGAGCCAAAUGUUUCUUAGACAAUACAUAACUCAUUAUAGUAGUAAUUAAGGGAUUCAUUUUUUUUUUCUUUCUUUUCUAUUUCUUCUUUUUUUCUUUUUAAUUUAAUUUUCAAAAUCAUUGCACUUACAGUACUAUAGCUUGAUUAUAACUUAUAUAUUUAUAGAAAGUGGAAGUAAAGAUGUUGAAAUAUCUAUAAGAAAAAACAUUGUGAUGCUUAUUAUUAAUAUUAACAUGAUAUUUCAUGUAUGCAAAUUUAAUUAAGUGGAAAUGAAAUGAAGGCUGUGCAAAAGCUAUAUUCAAAAUAUAAUACGUACACAACUGGAUGAGACAAUUUUAAUAAGAAGUAGUUUCUAUUAUUGUCAUCCCUUUGAAAAAGACAAGCAUAUAAACAUAUCAGAGAUACACAAAUUAUAAAAAAAAACCUACUAAAUAUUUAAUAGGUAUUCAAAUAUCUUGCCAAAUUAUUAAAGCCUAAAAGAUAAGGGAAUACCUGAAAAGGUAAAAAACAACAAAACUAAAUAUUUAAUAAAAUAUGUUAAAUUUCUCUUCUCUCUUCCUAAAAAAAAAAGAAUUAAUAUGAUAGUAAAAUAAUAUAUAGCUUGAAUUAUUACUAUCGAUGAGAUAAUAAUAUAUGUGCACAAGAAUAUGCAAAUGAAUAACUGUACAUUUAAAGUAACAAAAUUAUAAUAUUCGCUCUAAUGAUAUUUAUAAUAAUAUUAAUAAUCUAUACACAUUUUGGGAAAAAAUAAUUGAAAUUUAGCAUGCCGUGAUAACAUGUAAUACAGAUUAAUCUGUAUUAUUUGUAAUUAUUCUGUAUGCUUAAAAAAAUUAUGAAAACAGAAAAAGAAAAAUAUUUAUGCAAUUGUAUAAAGUUUAUGAGCACUACUACAAAUACUGUGCAAAAUGGAUUGUUUUACAUUAGAACUAGUCAACAUGCUGCACGGUACAGUUCCUCUCUCUCGUCGAUUUUUUUUAGACGAUUAUCAUUUGUGUUAUUUCAUCUUUUUGCCAAGUUUUAUGUGUAUGUACAAUAAAAGUUGAUUAUGAAUAGAAUAGCUAUGCUA